GAAGGUUUGAGUAAAUUUUUUACUCAUUGGUUUCGAAAUAAUUGUUAGUGAGAAACCGAAAGUUGCAAGCGAGCAGAAUCUGAAGUGAAGAAACGAUAUCAUCGAAUGUUCUUUAAUUUAUAUCGUGUCUCGUUGCAUCGAAAAAGAAAAUUUACUGACUGCAUUUAAUUGGGGAGUAAGAAAGAGAGCGAAAAAAAAAAAGAAGACUAAUAUUUAAAAAAAAUUCUUUUUGAAACGUACUCUCUUCUUCUCCGAAAGAAAACAAAAUAAUAUUAAUUUUUAGUAUGAUGUUGACGGCUAUCGUAGGAAUUCGAAACUAUGCUCGAUUUGCUAGUGCGAAGAUUUUCUGGUAUACGGCGCUAAUACUGAUUGCUUAUUCGCUGACAUCAACGACAAAUAACGCUGUUGCAGGAUCGGAUAGCACAACGAUCGAACUCAAGACAGAUGUGAAGCGAGGCAAAAGAUCCGUUGACGCUAGCCAGCACUCUGACCAACAUCACGUACAUCGUUACAAUGGAAAACAAUCACAACAGCAAGCUCAUGCAUCGAUUUCGGCAUUGGCUCCCAUUCCUUCUGAACUGGAUUCAUAUCCCAACGACUUUUCUUCCAUUGAUUUCAACAGCUACGAUGCUAAACCUGAAGAAGUUUUCACUGGGAACCAAGACGGAGAAGUUGGGCAACUAUUUGUUAUCAAACAGAGUUCAGGCAAUGAUGAAACGGAAGAAACAGAAGGCAAUGAUAUCACCGAAGAGCUGUCGUCGAAAUCUGAUCUCUCUAACUUAAAUCUCGCCACUGAGACCGAAAAAAGAGCCCCUGGAUGGGGAAAGCGUGCACCUGGAUGGGGAAAACGAGCACCUGGAUGGGGUAAACGUGCACCUGGCUGGGGUAAACGUGCCCCUGUUUUGAGGAAAAGAGAGUUCGAAAUAACAACACCUGAAUUAGGAGACCUGGAAUUUCAGAGAAGAGCACCUGGAUGGGGCAAAAGAGCACCCGGAUGGGGUAAAAGAGCUCCUGGAUGGGGCAAAAGAGCGCCUGGAUGGGGCAAAAGAGCACCUGGAUGGGGCAAACGGGACCAUUUUUCAUUAGGUCUCAACUGAAGCUAGAUUUCAAUACGUCAAGAUAAUUCAACGGAUUGCAUUAGAAAACUGAGCAGAAUAUCAGAAUAGCAGAAUAAGGGAAGCAUCCACAAGUAUCAAGAACAUCAGCAGUAACAGCAACAGCAACAACAACAGCAACAAAAACCACUGUUUAUAACAACUAUCCUCUCCUAGCAACCCAAAGCAAGCAUUUACUGUUACUGCAGUGAUAACACAACCAUUACUAACCAUCAACACUUCCACAAAAGAACAGCUCAACACAACAAGGAUGUUAAUAUUAAAAUGUAUUCCGCAGAGCAAC